AUGAAGCGUUUCCACCAUCUCUUCCUUAUACUAUUAAGCUUGACUACUGUUUUCUUCUUUACAGAGUCCCUUGCCGCAACUAGUUGCAGUUUCAAAACGCAAAGAGUGCAAUGCGGUAAAUUGGCUUGUAGUAAAACAGAGCAUAUAUGCAUUCACUGUAAAGAGGACGCGGACUGCUAUCCUGGGUCCAUGGAAUGUGUCCACACCACCGGUGGGUGUCGUGUUAGGAUUCUGCAAAAGAAUUUUAACUUUAGAAUCAUCUUGGCAAUGGCUACUGGGAUUAUGGUGUGUGCAAUCGGGGUGAUUUCAGGCUCCGGUGGUGGCGGUAUUCUAGUACCAUUAUAUGCCGCUUUAAUUCAGCUUCCCUUGGAAACGGCGGUAGGGAUUUCCCAGGUCACUGUGUGUGGGCAAAGCGUCUUAAAUGUAUUUAUGUCUACCCGAAGAAAGUAUGUCGACACCAAGUGGAACCGUCCGCUCAUUAACUACCAGUACCUGAACUUGCUGUUUCCACUAGGUUUAUUAGGAACCUCAUUUGGGGUAUUGAAUACGUUACUUCCCGAUGCUCUGCGACUGAUACUUCUUUUUUCGAUACUAUUGGUUGUUUUGUAUACUACAACUUUAAAGACCCUAAAACAGUAUAAAGAAGAUAUCAGGAUAAAAAAUACCGUGCUCGUUAACCUAGACUGUGAUGCACCACCACGGAUAGCUGCUGAAAGUACGACAACAUCAGCAGGAUGUUUAUCUCAUCAUACUCCACAAGAGCAGUACCCUAUUAAAAAUUUGCUAAUGUAUGUAUUCUAUUUCAUAUUGUUGCUCGUAUCUAAUAUUGUUCGAAUAUAUUGUACAUGCGGAGGUGUAAUUUAUUUGGUAUCGUUGAUUAUACCACUCUUAGUCCUUUUUGGAGGGUAUUGUUAUACAUAUCGAAAAUUGAGUAAUUUACACCGUGUGUGCCCUGAUGCUAUUGCCUUUAAUUGGGAGCGUAGGACCGCUUUGUAUUACCCAUUUAUUGCCAUCCUUGCUGGUGCCGCAGGCGCCUUAUUGGGCAUCGGUGGGGGUGUAAUACUUGGUUUCGUUCUUUAUAAUAUAAACUUGGUCCCAGACGAAGUAUCGGUAACAGCCAACGUGGUUACUUGCUUUAUUGCACUUACCAACGCAACUCACGCAGUUUUAAAAGGGGAUGUGCCCUAUGAUUUCGGCAUCAUUUUUUGUUUGAUCGGUGUGAUUAGCACACUUAUUGGCAACAUGGUUUUCUUAAAUGAAAUACGCAGGCAAGGGAUGAGGUUUCUUAUUGUUUUAUGCAUGGUCUUUAUUGUGGUAGGUUCUUUGAUUGCAACCGGUGCAUAUAGUAUAUAUGAUAUAUUACAAAAAGAGGAUCGUUCUACUAUUUUUAUGUUCGGAAAGUUGUGUGCUUCAUAA